AUGCUGUCCCAGGUGGUGCUUUCUGCCGCCACUGCAGCUGCCCCCUCUCUGAAGGAUGUAGCCCUCCUUGGCCCAGGGGUAUUGCAGGCAACAAGGAUCUUUCACAAAGGGCAGCCAAGUCUUGCCCCUGUACCACCUCUUCCUGAAUAUGGAGGAAAAGUUCGUUUGGGGCUGAUCCCUGAAGAAUUUUUCCAGUUCCUUUAUCCUAAAACUGGUGUAACAGGACCCUACGUGCUCGGAACUGGGCUUAUCUUAUAUUUAUUCUCCAAAGAAAUAUAUGUGAUAACUGCAGAGACCUUCUCUGCCAUAUCAACAACAGGGGUUCUUGUCUAUGUAAUUAAAAUAUAUGGUGCCUCUAUUGGGGAAUUUGCUGAUAAACUCAAUGAGCAAAAAACUGCCCAACUCAGAGAAGUGAAACAGGCUUCCAUCAAACAAAUCCAGGAUGCAGUUGAUCUGGAGAAGUCACAGCAGGCACUGGUUCAAAAGUUCCAUUACCUUUUUGAUGUCCAGAGGAAUAACAUUGCCAUGGCCUUGGAGGUUACUUACUGGGAACGGCUGCAUAGUGCAUACAAGGAGGUAAAGAAUCGCCUGGACUAUCACAUCUCUGUGCAGAAUAUGAUGCGUCAAAAGGAACAAGCACACAUGAUAAACUGGGUGGAGAAGAAUGUGGUACAGAGCAUCUCUGUGUAG